AUGAUAGAAUCAACAUUCAGUUACGCGGAAAUUAAUAAAAUGGAUAAUCACAUUCACUUAAAAAUAAAUUUGCAAUGUAUGUACGUUGUGGGUGCUUACGAUUUAAAAUUUAAAAACAAAUUUUUAUCUUUUAUCUAUAACCGAAUUUAUUCAAAGCUGGUAGUGGGUUAUUUGAUGUGUUUUGUAAUAACCCAAUACAUGGAGAUUCUAACGAAUUUAAGCUACGGCCCAUUUUACGUCGUUUCGAUACUAGGCGUCUCAUUACUUUACUCAGAUACGAUUUGCAAAGCUUUAGUUUGUGGUGGGCCGAAAAUAAUGAAAUUAAUCGAUCAAAUUAAAGAGACCGAAACUCGAAUUUUAUCAUACGAAAACAACGAUUUAAAGGAAAUUUAUUACGAUCAUGUUAAAUGGAAUUACAAAGCCGAUAGAUUAUUAAUAUGGGUCGGUGGUAUCACCGUUUUACCUUUUUAUGUUUCUCCGAUUUUAAUUCAAAUUUCUGAUGAUUAUGUAAAGGAGUAUGAUGGCGAUGGUUACGAAAUGAGACCUUUACCGUUUAUAACUUGGUUCCCAUUUAAUCGAUUUCAAUAUUAUCCGAUCGCUUAUCUUUAUCAUAUGUUAGCUGGGAUGGCUGGUGGGAGUUUAACAGUUUCAACAGAUAUUCUUUUCGUUGGUUUGAUGACUUUUGCUAUUGGACAAAUCAAAAUUUUGCAGUAUUCGUUUAGAAAUUCGAAACGAUUGGCUGAAAAUUUGGCGAAAAAUGCUGGUAUUCCGUUAGAAGAAGCUAUCGUUAUUACAAUUGGAUAUUGUGUAAGAAUGCAUAAAAUUAUAAUCAAAUAUAUUAAAACGUUGGAUAGUGCAAUGAGAAUUUUAAUGUUGUUCGAUUUUUCUGUAGCAUCACUUCAAAUGGCUAUGUUGGGAAUACAAAUUGUUGUUGUUGGAUUUGGUUGGCAACAACUAUUCGUUUUAGAAUAUUUAAGCGCAAUGUUUGUCCAAUUAUUUUUAUUUUAUUGGCACGCCAACGAAAUCAUUCUCGAGAGUAUCGGUAUAGCUUCAGCUAUUUGGGACAGCGAUUGGAUGAAUUACACCACAUCCGUAAAGAAGAGUUUGAUGCUUGUUAUGAUGAGAGCGCAAAAACCACUUACUUUGAGCGUUGGUCCUUUUUAUAUUAUGUCUACACAAACAGCUUUGUCGGUAAGCUUACAGAUAUAGAGUGUUCCGUAAUUAUCCAACUUCAGCUAAAUAAAAUAUUAAACGAAAUUAAAGUAAGAAACAAAUCAACUUUUUAUGGAAAAAAAAUUAAAUGACAGAUCAAUUUUAUUAUACAUUGGUACUCAAACGUCAACUUAACGUCACCUGAGAUUUGUUUUGACCAAGUGACUUAAGUUACAACGCAGUACUUUAGAUGUAAAAGUUUAAUUCAUGUUAAGAUAUUAUUAAAGGUAAAAAUAACGGUUUUAAAACACAUUAACUGCAAAAAUGUGUGAACCAUGUCCAUGCGAAAAAAAAACGCGUUUAAAACGGAAAUGACGUUAAUUUUAUAGAAAGUGUUAGUUCUGCCAAACCAAGACAGCUUUCUUGAAUACAAAGUUCUUUUCGAAUACGGCUGUGAGGAGGCA